GAUAAUUUAAAAUUGAUUAAUCACUAAUAAUGGGUUUUAAUUGCCUAAUGUUGGCUGUGUUUCUGUGUGGGUCAGUUUCUUCGGUAUUUGCAGAGAAAUGUGCGCUGCCCAUCCCACAAGAAGAGCUUGAUAUUUCAAAGCUAGAAGACACAGUUUGGUACCUCGGAGUUCAAACUAACGACGCCGUUUCGUCCGACGUGACAUGUGCUCGAGUGAACAAUUUUACAAUAACUUCUACGGGAUUUAGUGCUCAUUUGAAGGAAUUUGGUGCUGGGUCUCACAGAACUGAUUUUAUCAGUCACCUUAUACGCCAUAGACUGGGAGUUUACCACCGAAGUCCCGAAGAAGAACCAUCUUUAAAAGCCGCACACGAGUACACGUUAAAUGGAAAAUUUAAUGCCGAAGCGCGUAAAAUAGAUGACGAAACCUUGCUCAAAGACGAUUUCGUUUUAAUAGCCGAUUAUUCCAAUUACUUUGGAAUCAUAUAUUGUUCCGCAGAAGGAGAAUGGAUCCUCUGGAAUUACUUCAGACAACCAAAGCCAUCUCUACAUAGUAUCAUCAAAUUCUACAACAAACUUCAUGAACUUGGUGUCUCUGCUCGUUUUCAUGCAUCUCGUUGCAAUGAAAAAUAUUUCACCGAAUAGAAGAAAGAUAA